CUGUGUAGCUUAUCUGGUUUGUACCUGACCCUCCUGGUUCAAACAUUAGCCAUUUUUCAUUCCUCUGGUACCCUGCCUGACUCCACUGAUUCGGGAAAGAUCGCCACCAAUGCCUCUGCAAUGUCCUCUGCUCGCUCCUUCAGGGCUCUCUCAGCUUCCCCAGCCUUUUCUUCUUAGUGACGGCCACUGCACCCACCUCCGCCCCCUGACUCUCUCCAACUUCUGGUUAUCUUUCAGAUCUCCACCCUCUGCAGGUUCGGCCUGGUCUUUGCUGAGUGGAUUGAGGGGGAAGGAGACAACGACAAGGACUACAACUCCCAGCAUGCACAGGCUGCCGGAAAUGACGUCGUCGGCAACGGUUUCCGCGGCUCGAGCUGGUCGCUCGUGGUCAGAGGUGGGGGUGGAGCCAGGAGCCGAGGGAAGAUUUGAAUCAUGUUCAUGCUUUGGUUGAUACUUGAAGUACUGCUCGUAGUGAAUGGUCUACAAGGUGACGAUGUUGAUGAAUGGAUUGAUCCAACAGAUAUGCUGAAUUAUGAUGCUGCUACAGGUAGAAUGAGAAGGCCACAACAGACUGGAACUACGGAAGGAGACACUGAAACUCUGACUACUGGGGAUUAUACAGAAGUUAAUCAGGGAAAAGAAUUAUGUCCAGAUUGUUCUGAUUGUGAGAGACAACUUGAUAAUUUACAAAAAAGGUUUGAAGAAUGUAGAAAGAAAACAUCAACUGAAUCAACAGAAAUCGGUUGCAGUCCCGUUUUUAAGAGAUACCUGAAUAAACUGCUUUUGGAGACUGGAAAAUUAGGUUUGCCUGAUGAUGAUAAUGAAGUUCAUUAUGACGCCGAAAUUUUUAUUACAAAACAGGACGUAACUGCAAUUAAGAAGUUUCUCAGUGAUAAGACAUGGAAGGCUGGUGCUUUGGAUGAUGCACUCAGUAAAAUUUUAAUUAAUUUUAAGUUUCAUGAUUAUGAAAGUUGGAAAUGGAGAUUUGAGGACACAUUUCAUGUGGAUCCCUUAACAGCGUUUCUGUUGUUGGCCAUGCUAACAUUUAUUAUUAUAAUAUUUCACAUCGUAUGGAUUGUUGCCCCACCAUUUACACGGCCUUAUCGAUUCUUCUUGUUGUGCUUUCUAAUUAGUUUUGUUUGGAACUGGGUGUUUUUAUACAAGACAGCUUUUGCUAAGCGACAAGCUAAUUUUGCCAAGUUACAACUUGAUAAACCCAUGUGUACAGGGGUACAGAACAUGGAUUGGAAAGGGAGCCUGCUUGAGUGGUUCAGGCAAACUUGGACAUUACAGAAAGACCCUUGUGAAUUGUACUACGAGGCUCUGUUAGUGGAUCCAAUUUUGGAGGUUCCCCCAACCAAGGCCUUCAUGCUUACUGUAACAACACUGAUGACUGAACCACUGAAACAUAUUGGGGAGCCUAUCAGUCACUUUUUCCGCGAUCUCCUGAAAGACCUACCAUGGAUCUGGCAGUUCCCUGUGACCCUGACAGUUAUAUUGGCUGUUGUUGCAUUCUGCUAUUCUUGUGGUCAUGCAGUUGUCCGAUAUGGUUUAUCUAGAUCACUUCCAAAUGUUGGUCCUCAAGCUCCAAUUGCACAUCAUAACGUGCCAUAUAGUGUACAUGGACCUGUUGAUAAUACCUUAUACCAAAGGGGAGGGUAUGUGGAUUACCAAGCUGGAGGUGAUGCUAGUUAUUUUCCUCUCAUCAGAAGAGAUCCCAAUCAUGAUGCAGUAACUGCAGAUCCCUUUGGGCAAAGAGAUCUAAAUUUCCAGGGUGUGGAAGAUUUAAAGAAUUGGGAAAGAGCUGAGAUGGCAAGUAAUGGGCAAGGUGACAAUCAUCUACGUAGAAGAAGAGUACCAAACCAUAAAGAUUGUCAUUGUGCUAGAUACACUCCUGACCAGUUGGUGUCAAGGAAUGAAGUCAUUGCACAACCAUCAGAGGAAAAUCCUGACACAGAAGAUGUUGAUAUUUACCAAGCUCAAGAGAUUGUUGAACAGUGCAAAAGUAAUAAUUUCCAAAAUAAGAAGGCAACUGAGUUACCUGUCAGUAAAUUACACAAAGUGAGACGAGCAAGUGAAGAGGAUAUACAGAGUAGAGUUCCUGAUGAACUUGGUACAGCAGACAGGCCUCUUGAUGCAGUUUCACAGCUUCCGUCAGAAAUGAAUGUCACCGAGUUGGAUGUUACUGAGAAAAAGCGAGUACAGGAAAAGAAGCAUGAAAAUGAGUUACCCAUCAUAGAAAAUGUGGGAGCGCAAGUAAGUCUUCCAAGAAACUUAGAUGCAUUUAUGUCAGAAAUUAAACCAUAUUUGAUUAACCCUUAACUGUAAAAUAGCAAUCGGUUGAUUUGUAGGAUGUCAUUUUCUCUAAACAUAAAUGUACAGUACAGCAAGUAUUGGAUGUUUUAUAUUGGUCUGUUGACAGCCAGUUUUUGGAACAUGUUUAUAAGUCAUUGAGCUAUGUGUGAAAACCAAGCUUCGUAAGUAUUUUUAAAUAUUCCUCUUAGAGGAAGUGGCACAAAGAUAGGAGAAGGACUAAUGUUUGUAUGAAUAGGAGGAACAAUUUGCUGCAAACAAUUUAGUAGCUUUUAGAUGAUCUUGUGAUCAUAAUCCAGCGGGGGGGAGUGCUUAAAUGGAAUGAAUUGUAGAUGAUUUAUUUAUCUUUUAUUUAUUUAUUUGUUUGUUUGUCUGUUUGUUUAUUUAUUUAUAGUCACGUGUACUUUGUUACAAAUUACAGUGAAAAGUGUUAUGCAGUGUCACCACUCUCCGGUGCCAUUAAACAAGUAUUUUUAUCAACCGGUUCAGAGAUGCUAUCAUACCUCUGGAGCAGGUGGUACCUGAACUCAGCCCUCCCAGUCUAGGCACCACUCUUCAUCUUUGUUCUAAAGGGUCGGCCCUUCACUGUGUGGCUGUACACUCGGGUUCUAGUCUCUCCUGUUAGUAGAAACAUCUUCUCCAUAUCCACUCUCUCCAGGCCUCUCAAUGUUCUGUAAAUUUCAGUGAAAUCCCCUCCUGCCCCACCAUCCUUCUAAACUCCAUUGAGUACAGACCCAAAGUCCACAACCACUCUUCAUAUGUCAAGCCCUCAUUCCUGGGAUCGUUCUUGUAAACCUGCUCUGGAUGCCCUCCAAAAACAACACAUUUUUCCUUAGAAACCACUUGCAAUGUUCCAAAUGCAAUCUUAUACAGCUUCAGCAGUACACCU